AUGCCUGCCAGGAUCACACCAGUAACUGAACGAACUGCCCUUGGGCAGGCAGAACAUGCGGAAACUAUGACCGCAUCGCCUAGCGCCCCGCCUGCGAAGAAACAGGUAAAACGUCAGGCAAAAUUAACCGUUGACGGACCUUCGGCUGCAAAGAAACGUCGUAUUUCCAAGACCACGAAGGAAAAGCCAUCGCCAUCAACGCGUAAGCAGUCUAUCAAGAAGGAUAGGGGGGCCGCUACCACUGUGCUUGCUCCUGAGGCUCCAGACCCUCUAGUCGGUAUCGUUUCUUGCGUAGGGCAACCGACGACAGCAGAAAGUGGGAACCCAGAUUCGCUCCCAGUUGUAGGCGAUUAUGCUGCAGCAACCGCCAUGGUACCGGUCAGCGCUGGCCCCAGUAAUCUCGAGGUUCCCAUGCACCGGCCUGGGAAGCCGAAGAAAGUGGUUGACCCAGGAGUACUGCGCAGUGCUGGCACAUCACGACGAAAACCAACUAAGCGCUCCGCAAAGUAUGCCGACAACAACGCAUGUCAAGUGCAAUGGAAAGUUGUUACGCCGCCGAAGUCUUCUGAAGACAAGGACCGAGGCCUUCACAAUGCUACCGUCGAAUAUAGUGAUAACAAUCCUGAAUUACGACCUCGUGUAUGGGCGUCGUGUAGAGAAGACCUCGUGCAUGUCAUCCCGGAACUCUCGAAACCCACCAACGGACUGUCGUGGAAGUCCCUAGAAAGUCCCAUAAUGCUGCUCGAAGAUCAGGUCAGUGUAACAUGGAGCGCCGAGUCUCAGAAUAUGAUGACUUUGGAAUUGUCGAUGACGCAAGAAUAUUUAUACCCAGCGAAACCCUUACCUGCCUCUCCGCGACACUUACGCGUGGACCCCGUUCUGGAGCCUGAAGACGAGCCGAUGACACUCAUCCAGGACAACAACGAGGACCAGGACGACUUGUCUGAAGCCCUUGCGACGGCCGAAGAAAUCACUCAAUCACAAGAAGUCUCUGAUGAAGAACUCCCUCUUCUCCAGCACCCCGAUCAUUCUCCCAAAGCUCAGACUCCAGAGAUCUCACUAAGCAAAGCAGAAGAUACUCCACUAGGCAUUACGAUGCUAGUCAAGAAUUCUAUGCCCAGCACUAUUCCUACAUCCUUCCCCUCUGAGCCUAGUUCCCAGAUGAUUGCAAACGGUGAGCCGGCGGACAAUCAGCAGCAAGCGCCUGCACCACCCCCACAAGUCAUGGAAACAUCAGUCAAUUCGCCCAAGCAAGACAUUCCGACGCCGGUUGGGGCGAUGACAGAGAGUUAUAUGUCUGAACUCCCACCCGCGCCCUCACCCGACCCCAAAUCCCAGUCACAGUUGGUCGAUCUUUCCCCAACAUUUCCAGGAAAUGUCAUUGAAACCCUCGAUCAGGAGGAAUUUAUACCACAGGAAACACCCGUAAAAGGGCGGUCCACCACCCGCUUCAACUGGCGCUUCCGGCUCAAGUGGUCGCCUGGAGAUGACAGCGGCACAACGACAUACGACUAUUCAUCCGUCCUUUCUGUGCCCAUACUGAUCAAACAUAUAUUCACGCACAAUCGAAGCAGCCUGCAACAAGAUGCAACUCAUUAUGCACAUUUCUCGUAUGUGGUCGGUGCCGAUUUCUUGGGUAUGGGCGUCAAGAAGCUCUAUUGGUCGGAAGCAUCGGGAACUGUCACGAGCGAAGCAGAACGCCUAUCUCGCCUUGCUGAACAACGCGGAGAUUUCAGAGUUAGCCGAUUUUCGCCUGAUGUCACGGUGAUUGCCUGGCCGAGCGCAGGAACAACGAAACAAACGCAAGUCCUGAAGGCCCGAGAAAAUGCUAUUUGCGUCCAGUGUUUGGGCAGUAGUGCGUUGAUUUCGCUCUGUGCCCUGCCUACACCCGAAACAUCGGCUAGCAUCAAGGAAAUCGACUCUACGACUCGCAGUAAGGAAAGGAAAGAGCAAACAAGACGAUACGACAGGCUCUCUGGUUCAAGCGUCGUUAGAAGUCCUCCAGAAGAGAAAGAAAAACAAAUGUCCGUGUCGCUUGUCCACGGUGACAUCCUUGUCAUCUGGGGGCACGAUGUGGAGUUAAAAGUGAAGCGAAAUCACGCAACAACGAUUUGUUCCACUGAGGGCCAGACGGCGUUCGGUGACAUAGAUGAUGAUAUUGGCGAGGACGUUAGCAUUCGAGUCGAAGAUGAAGAUUGGGAAAACGCUGAACGAGAUUUCACGAAGCAGUAUAACCGACUACGCCAGCAUGUUGCUGUGCGCGCUGGAGUAGCGCAGAGUUCACAAUCCUCCAUCGAUCACUCAAGCAAAGUCGCGGUUCUGCCGGCCGUAAACCAUCCACAAAGUCGAAAAUUAGCCGUGUCAAACGCGACCGCACUUUCUCAUUCGCCAGACAAGACGGCGGACCAGCUAGAGGCGCUGUCCAAAUAUGCGUCUCGGAUAUCCAAGAUAGAUACGCCAUAUUCUCAGCAUAUGGGUGUAGGCGUGAACCGAAAGGGUCCCAGCUCGUACGCAAACAUGAAGGACAAAGCCGACCGUGCUACCACUGAACAAGUCCUGGAUCCUCGAACGCGGAUAAUUCUCUUCAAAAUGAUUGGCCGUGGCAUACUGCAAGAAAUCAACGGUUGCAUCAGCACGGGGAAAGAAGCCAACGUCUACCACGCUCUGUCACCUGAAGCCGUCCAUCUUGCGGUAAAGAUAUUCAAGACUUCCAUUCUGGUCUUCAAGGAUCGAGACCGCUAUGUGGCUGGCGAAUUCCGCUUCCGUCGAGGGUACAAUCGACACAAUCCACGAAAGAUGGUUCGACUCUGGGCCGAGAAAGAAAUGCGGAAUCUCAAGAGGCUGUCGAUGGCCGGUAUCCGAUGCCCUGAACCUGUCGAGGUGCGGGAGAACGUCCUUGUCAUGAGGUUCCUUGGGGAUUCUGAAGGAUGGCCUUCCCCUCGUCUUAAAGACGCUCAGUUACCCGAGGGUGCAUUGCCUGGACUGUAUCAGGAGCUGGUUCUCACCACUCGCCAGCUUUAUCACCAGUGCAAGUUAGUGCAUGCGGAUCUCUCAGAGUACAAUAUUCUCUACCACGACUCCCACCUCUUCAUUAUCGACGUCUCGCAAAGUGUCGAACACGACCAUCCGUCUGCUUUCGAUUUUUUACGAAGCGAUAUCACCAACAUAGAAGAAUUCUUCGGAAGGUUAGGCGUCACUUGUUUGGGCCUCAGAAGAACAUUCGACUUUGUGACGCGAGAUCGGCUAUCCCCAGACAGUGACGGGGAGCCAGUAUCUGACGCAGAGAUCCUGACAAAUUGGCUUCGCAACCCAGAACCUCGCGAAGAUGGGUCACCCCACGAUGGCGUUGGCGAAGGCGGGGACGGUGACAUGCGACAGGCGUCCCUAUCAAAGCACGAGGACUCGGUUUUCCUUCAUUCUUAUAUUCCACGGUCACUGAACGACGUACUGGACCCGGAGAGGGACAUAGCGGCGGUGUCGAGAGGAGAGGCAAAGCAGCUCAUCUACGCCAAUACGCUCGGCAUUGUCAACGAAAAUGUUGCUGACGUAGUACCCGGUGGACACGACUCGUCAGUCUCCCAGGAUGAUUCUAGUGAGCCCGAAGAUGAGGACUCCGACGAAGGAGACUCGGAUGCUCCGAUUGUUGGAGAUCAGCGGCGCAAACCACGAGGACAUCGCUUCGAAGAUAAAGAAGCAAAAAAGGAACGAAAAAAGACGACCAAAGCUGAAGCAAGGGAGAAGCGCAAAAACAAAACACCCAAGGCAGAGAAGAAAAGACUUAUCAAGAAAACGGCGCGAGCUUAA